AGUCACAAAACCACAUAAACCUUCAACCUGUGCUCAUCUUCAUUUUCCCACCCAAAUGGAAACAAAAACCCACUCACAGCCACUAAGAAGAACACUUGAACUCACGGUAUUAUCGGCGGAGGAGCUCAACGUGGAUCAAAAACUCACCAUAGAGGACCUAUACGUUGUCGUACGAGCGGAGUCAAUAAACUGCUACACCACAGGCAUGGCAAAAGAAAGUGGGGAAGGAAAGGCUUCAUGGAACGACAAGUUGUUGGUGGACGUUCCCAUGCAUGCUAAAUCCAUUACGUUGGAGAUGAAGUGCAAUACCUCAACGAGUGUUAAGGAUGUUGGGGUUGCAAGGAUUGCUGUUUCGGAUGUUGUUGAAGAGGAUGUUUUAGAUCAUAGCUUCAAGUUCUUCAGUUAUAGGUUAAGGGAUUGGGAAGGUAGGUGUAACGGAGUGCUUAAGUUCUCCGUCAGGGUCAGCGAGUGUUCUUCCAGUGGCGUUGCUCUUAGCAUCCCUGCUCGUGGGGACAAUUAAGCCAACGACGAUGUUUAAACUUUGAAUAAUGAUAGGUUCACACUCGUUUUUGGGUGUUAAACACGUAAAAGGAGAGAGAAAGAAAGAAGAAAAACGAUGAGGAAUGAUUGUAAAAGAAUAUAAACCUGUAUUUGCAAAUUUCCUUACUAAACUAGUUACUGCAAGAUUACUCCAACUUGAACAGGAGUUUUAUGUAAUUAAAAUUAGUAUUUAAUUUUGGUGUUCAUCUCCGAAUAUGAUGAUAUUUUUACUGAAUUAUUUUAAAACUAGUAAUUAAAAUUACUAGUUUCGAAAACAGAAAUGUUAACACAUGAAUUGUAUCGCCUAGGAAAUAGUGAGGACAAAGCAAAGUUGGGUUUCCACAGUGGAGUGACGUCGACGAUUCUUAUCCUAUGCUAAUAUGCUUUUUCGGAAGUGAAUGCGACAUAGAUAGAUUUCAACGGAAUAAAGAGAAUGUUUUGUGAGGAAUUUAUACUUCUUGCUGGUUUCAAGUGACCAUAACUAAGAGCAACUACUUCCGUCGAAUCAGAAUUUAGCUUUUCUAGUUUUAUUGUCCUAAAUCACACAUUUUAAGCUUAAAUAUGCUUUGCUUUUUCACUCAUUAUAUUUCCAUGUAGAAUCGAUUCCUG